AUGUUGGACCGAAGCAAGAUGACCUCGGCCAUCCCAGACAGUAACUCGUCCUCUUCGCCACGAGGCCACAACCAAAGCGAAAGGGACUCGUACAACCGCAAGAAGCGCAAAGGCCCCCGUCUCGCCCACCGUAAGUCCAGGACCGGAUGUCAGCGAUGUCGCGCCCGACGAGUAAAGUGUGAUGAAUCGCGACCUGUGUGUCGCGACUGCCAUCGUCAUGGGAUCCCCUGUGUUUAUGACAGGCCCGCUGAGGAGGGAGCGAUCCCCCCCUCAACCGGGAUCCAAUCUCGCCCACUCGAGCCCAGUCCAUCGGAUCCCAGUAAUGACGCACAUAUGGAGCUGCGCUUGCUGCAUCACUUUACUCUAUUCACCAGCGCUACUAUGCCCGGCGCCCACCUGAAGCGUAUCAAAGACUGUUGGUCGAUCGACGUGCCCCGACUCGCAUUCAGUUACAAACCGCUCCUGCACGCCGUCUUCGCAAUCGCUGCCCUGCAUCUGUCCAAAGUCAACCCAGACGAAGCUGGCUUGCCGGACAUCCACUGCAAUUUCCUCGAGCAGGCUUUGCGCGAACAUCGACUCUGUAUCGGCGGCAUAACUACGCAGACCGCGGAUGCGGUGUGCUUUACGAGCAUCCUGUUACAGAUCGAUGUAUUUGCUACUUUACAAAGUCGUCAUGUGGUUUCUUACGAACAGGUAAGUGAAUGGAUGCGUCUAGUGCGCGGGUCGGUAGCCGUCUUUGACGCGGCCAUGGAGAUUGUGAGACAUAAUACUCAUCCCCCGAAUAUCUGGUGUAUUAUUGAUACCUUUCCUAUGCCCUUGCGGACGAGUUCUGAUGCUGGAUCAUUUUCCUUCCUGCUUCCGACUGUGCCCGACGACGAGGAUGACGAGACGGCGCUAGAAGCAUAUCGAGGGGCCGUCGCGCAUAUCAACGCCACCUGGCUGGCCAUGGAAGCAAAGGAACAUCCGCAAAUCAGCUGUCGCCGGCUCAUGGUCUUCCCUUUGUUCGUGACAGCUGGGUUUAUUGACUUACUCGAGAAGAGGAGACCUCGCGCUUUGGUGCCUUGUCCGCACCAUUACGUGACAUAUGGUGGAUCGGAGACGCUGCACACAAAUACAUCAUGA